ACACAAUAUGAAACUUGUCUUUUCCUAUUUGCUGAAUAUUUUAAUGCACGAACGUUUGAAGGACUCCGCUGGGAUAUAUAUAAGCAGGGGGUAGCUAGAUUCAAAUCAUAAUUCACUGGAUUUUAGUUAGUUAACACAAUAUGAACUCCUUGGCAUUUGCAACAAUCGCUCUGACGAUCAUCUAUUCGUCGACUGCCUCCAUAAUUGGCCAUGGUGCAGGACUUUUGGCACCAGCAGGAGCUGUAUGGGGACCAGUAGGAGCAUCUGCUAACCUGGUAGCUGGAGAGGGACCAUAUGGAUCUCUAAUUGGACCACACGGCGCAUCUGCAUCUCUCAUAGGCCCCAUCGGUGCAUCUGCAUAUCUUGUAGGCCCAGAAGGACCAACCGCCAACCUUAUAGGUCCAGCAGGUCCAUCAGAAACCUUGGUAGGUCCAGCAGGUCCAAAUGCCCACCUUGUAGGUCCAUCUGGUCCAGUAGCUAAUUUGGUAGGCCCAGCUGGUCCAACUGCCAAUCUUGUAGGUCCAUCUGGUCCAGUAGCCCAUUUGGUAGGCCCAGCUGGUCCAACUGCCAAUCUUGUAGGUCCAAGAGGUCCUUCUGCAACUUUGGUAGGCCCAACUGGCCCUACUGCAAACUUGGUCGGCCCAACAGGUCCACAAGCCAACUUAAUCGGACCAUCUGGUCCAACUGCUAACCUUGUCGGCCCAACUGGUCCAACUGCUAAUCUUGUCGGCCCAACUGGUCCAACUGCCAACCUUGUCGGUCCAACCGGCCCAGUUGCAAACUUGGUCGGUCCAACUGGUCCACAAGCCAACUUGGUCGGUCCAACUGGUCCACAAGCCAAUCUUGUCGGUCCCACCGGCCCAGUUGCAAAUUUGGUCGGUCCUACUGGUCCACAAGCCAACUUGGUCGGUCCAACUGGUCCAGAAGCCAACUUGAUUGGUCCAUCUGGUCCAACUGCCAACUUGGUCGGUCCAACUGGCCCAUCCGCUAAUUUGGUAGGCCCAGCCGGUCCUGUAGCUAACUUGGUCGGACCAAGAGGUCCAUCUGCCACUCUUGUUGGACCAGUCGGAGCUUCAGCUAGGCUUGUGGGUCCAAUUGGUGGAUCUUCUUUAGUCGGUCUUGGUGCUGGUCCAGCCAUCAGUUUGCGAGGUCCAGGAUUGGAUUUGGGUUCUUUGGGUCUUGGAGUGCACGGAGCGAUUGAUGUAGGACGAUUGGGUUAUGAUGGCAUUGGUGGAGGUCACGGAGGUGUUUUAGUGGGACCAUCCAGCGGUCUUCUAUUGAAAUCAGGUCUUGGUCUACACUGAUCAACUCAGGAAUGAUACAACAAGUUGAUGUACUGCCAAACAUUCAUACCUCUUCCUUCUUCUAUUUAUCUUGUCAAUAUUUGUUUAUGUGAUAUACUUUGACAUUGUUUAAUUUUACUGCUCCUUAAAUAAAGAUAUUAUUGUUGAUGUGAGAAA